AAGCUGGGAAGAAGAGAUUGUCUCUGAACUCAGUGGUGUGUCUUGGAGCAGAGGACUGAUAGUAAACAAGUAAACAGUGACAGCUGUGGGGAGCACAAGAGCAAAGCCUGCUCAGUGACAAGGAUGACGACUCUUCCAGAGACCUGUGACCAGGAGCUGAGAACAGGUGCAAAGAAAGAACGAUGCCUUCAGGGAAAAGGCCUACUUCUGUGCACACUUCUCAGUGCUCUCAUUGGCUUUACACUGCUUAUCACCUACAUCAUGAUGACUUGUGGUCUAGGAUCCUGUGAUGUCGGGGUGGGUCCUACAUUGUUGGUCAGACUCCUGAAUUCUAGGAAUAUAUCUGUAGACCCCUGUGAGGAUUUCUACAAAUAUGCCUGUGGCAGCUGGGAAGGCAAAGACUCAACCCGAACCACAGAAGAGUCACUGAAUGUGUUUGAUGUGUUGUUGGAAGAAAACCAGCUGAUCCUGAAAAGGCUUUUAGAGGGCCCACAGCUUGGGAUAAGAGGCUCAGCCAAGGAGAAAGCAAUCCAGUUCUAUCGCUCCUGCAUGAACACCAGACAGAUAGAAUCCCAAGGAAGUCAACCACUGAAGGACCUCCUAAAUCAGAUUGGUGGAUGGAAUAUCACAGAUGCAGGCAAAGCAAAAGAUUUUAAUGAAACUCUCCAAAUUCUCAUGGGCAGAUACGGUACCUUUCCUUUCUUCAGAGUGUAUGUGGGACCCAGUCCUUUUGACCUCAAGACCAAUAUCAUUCAAAUUGACCAUCCUGAGUUCGAGAUGCCACAUGAGAGUAAACUCAAAGAGACCAAUUAUCUUGAGGUUCUCCGUGUGUAUCUCUCAUAUCUGAACAAACUCGGGAUCCUACUUGGAAGGCCACAGGAUGGUCCCCCUGAUAUCUUUUCCCUUCUCUUGUCCUUCAUCUCUAACCUCCAGCAAGCUAUUACCCCACUGCAGGAAAGACAAGAGAGGGGGAUGCUCUUCUUUCUCACUACCAUUAGGGAGAUACAGGAAAAAGCACCUGCUAUUGACUGGCUGUCAUGUCUCCAGGCUGUCUUCCAUCCUGUACCAAUCAACCUCUCCCAGCCAAUUGCAGUGCAUGACAUGGAUUACUUAAGAGGCAUGUCACAGGUCAUCCAACAAUGGCACAAGGGAAGGGUCCUUCACAUUUAUAUGAUUGUUUGUCUGAUUGGGAAUCUUUCCCCAGCCCUUGACAGUCGAUUCCAAGAUGCACGCCUGGAGCUGUCUAAGAUUCUUUAUGGAAAAAUGGGAUCUAGAAUGAUCCCUGCUGAGCGGUGGAGGAAGUGCUUGACUGACACCAGCUCUUUCUUUGAACCAGUUCUAGGGCACAUGAUUGUGCAAGAAAUUUUCCCUCAGCAGACCAAGAAACUUGCUGAGCAGAUGUUCUCUGAGAUCCAAGAUGCCCUCUGUAGCCGACUGGAUCAGUUGGAGUGGAUGGAUGAACAGACUCGCCAACAGGCUAAAGGCUUGGUUUCCACACUGCAAGUGGAGAUUGGCUAUCCAGCUCACAUACUGCAGACUGCCAGAGUGAACCAGGAAUAUCAGAAUCUGGAGAUAAAUGAAGAUGCUUUUUUCCUCAAUGUGGUGGCUUGCUUGAGAGUACUGAGGGAAAAUUUGUACAUGAAACUCCUUCAGCAUCAGUCACAGGAUGACUGGCAAGUGUCCCCCUGGAGUGUGCAUUCCUACUACUCAACAGGGCACCACAUGGUGGUCUUCCCUGCUGGAAUGUUCCGCAGCCCUUUUUUCCAUGUGGAGUUUCCCAGUGCUGUGAACUUUGGAGCCAUUGGGGUCUUCAUGGCACAUGAACUUCUACAUGCAUUCUAUCAUUAUGUGCUGCCUGGGGGCUGUUCUACAUGCAACAGGAGUGCACUACAGAGCUCAAUAGACUGCUUGGUUGAACAGUAUGAAAGCUUUGACAUCAAGGUCAAUGGUACUUUUACACUCUUGGAGAACACAGCUGACACUGGAGGGCUCACCAUUGCUUACCAGGCUUAUAAGAAUUGGAUGAAAAAGUACAAAGAAGAGAAGAAUUUACCCAGGAUUGGACUUUCUUCUGACCAGCUUUUCUACCUCAGUUUUGCUCACGCAAUGUGUGGACACCUGGAUCCUGAGAAACUACAGUCCUCCCUGAACACGGAUCUGCACAGUCCCCUGCCACUUCGUGUCUGUGGGCCUAUCAGCAAUAGCCAGGAUUUUGCCAAGCACUUCCACUGUCUCAGUGGAACCCCAAUGAACCCAGACAAGAAGUGUCACAUCUGGUAACCUACAAGGAAAGGGAUGAAGAGAGAUAUGAUCCCAGGGAGAGGAAGGCUUGAGCAAUGAAAGUAUGACCAUCU